AUGGUGAAGCACAACUUUCUAAAUCUUAAGUCAACAUACACUCCAGCAGAGAUCAUGGAAGAAAUGAGAAACUUGUACAUAAUUAGAAUGAACUACAAAAAAGCAUAUAGAGCCAAAGAAAAAGCACUUAAGCUGGUAAGAGGUUCCUUGCGUGAAUCUUAUGCUAAAUUGCCAGCUUACCUAUACAUGGUAAACACAAUAAAUCCUAGAUCAUUCACAAGGCUACAUAAAACGGAGGACAAUCACUUUUUAUAUGCUUUUAUUGCGUUAAGCACAUCAAUUAGGGGCUGGAGAUAUUGUAUGCAUACCAUUGUUGUUGAUGGAACAUUUCUGAAAUCGGUAUACAAGGGAACAAUGAUGUCUGCUAGUGUACUGGAUGCAGCAGGCAUGUGCAUAGUAUCUGAUAGGCAUGACAACAUAUUAAAAGUUGUUGCACUUGUAUAUCCAAAUGUAGCUCACUAUAUAUGUAUCUACCAUUUAUGGAAUAACAUUAAGGGUAGAUUUAAGAAGAAUCAAAAGCAACUAAAGGGGAUCUUCUUUACAAUGGCCAGAACGUACAUAAAGGCAGACUUUGAUCGGCUUAUGGAAGACAUAAAGAAAAUCGAUAAUAGAGUGAAGGAGUAUCUGUUUGAUAUAGGUUAUGAAAAAUGGUCCAUAGCUCAUGCCCAUGUCAACAGGUCGAUGUUCAUCACUUCAAACAUAGCAGAGUCCUUAAAUUCAACAAAUAGAGAUGCAAGAGACUUGCCAAUUAAAUAA